GUAUACGUCUAUAUCGACGAUAUUAUCAUCGUUAAUAAGAAUAUAGAGGAGUACCUCAAGUACGUUAAGACGAUUCUCAAUAUCCUCGACAAGGUAUAUAUUUAUAUUUUAAUAGAAAAAUCCUUUAUAGCCUACCUAUUAGUGAGACUGCUUAGCUAUAUAGUCAAUGGCGAAGGAGUAGCUAAAAUAGACGAUAGGAUCACUAUAUUCAAGAAACUCAAGUUCCCUAAUACCUUCGAGACUUUAGAGUAG